AUGAACUCAAGAAACUGCAACAGUCUCAACAACUCACAGGUACGAGCCAGAGCAGGAACAACAACACCCAGGAGCGGACCUCCAGAAUUCAAACAGGGGACGAUAAGACAAUUCAAAAGCAAAACGCCCAAGAAAGGAGUCAGAGGGUCUGGAGAUGAGAUCCCAGGAAUGGAUGGUCUUGGCACUGACACCACCGUGGUCUGUCCGUGGGAAGCCUUUAGCCAUCUGGAGCUGAAUCAAAUCGCCCAGUAUGGGAUUAUUUGAGAAGCAGGAGCUGGAGAUGGAGUGUGAUCAGGACUGUUUAGUGGACUAGUCUAGUUCCAACUCUAUAUCCCAAAGGAGGGAUGCU